CAGCAGGUGGCCAGCUAGUAAGUCGUCUUUGUUUAAAUUUUGCAUGUAUAGUCAUAACAAAGCCUUUUUUUUCCUUCUUGUUUCGGUUAUGCCAUUUUUGCCUUGCAGCCGUCGACAUCAUCCUGAAGACCUUCAUUGGCUCAUGGCACGGGGCUGAAACCAAAUGGAGAAAUUCCGACAACAUUCUCCUUGGUUUCAACUUUUGGUCGUUUUUUGACACAUUCAGCUUAUUCUUUUCACUGAUAUAUUUGCAUUUCGGCUCAUAUUUCUACACUCGGGUCGUUUGGCGAUCGCCUUUUUUUCAUUUGCAAUGCUUUCAAGACAAGUAUUCCUUCUUCUGUUGUUGCUUGCCCCAUUCGUCGCUUUGGCCGAUCCAUCGCGACAUCCGCCCCAAGGUGCGGCAGCGCACAUGGUUCCCGUUCAACAACUUUCAAAGGGUCUCACAUCGGAAUCACCUCACGAUUUCUGCCAUGUUCGACCGAUGCUCGGUUGGCAAUGGCAAUGGACAACUCAACCAGAUCUGGUUUCGUACUUGCGGCAACUGUUAACACGCAUAGGCGAAUGGUUUCAUUGGAUUAUUUCCCGUAUUUAUUCAUCUUUCGAUCUAUUGAAGGAUCUGUACACCUCACCUUCCUUUGAGUGGCACCAGUUGAUGGUUUCUCUCGGUUAUCGGCCGCCAUUCACCACGCCGGCGUUCGUGAUAGACGAACCCAAAUUCUUAUCGCUGCGCAGCCGGUGGCGCCAAGGCCAGUUGGACACCGUUUUUUCGUCUUACGAACAAAAUUGGAUCAAAAUCAACAUGAAAGAAUGGGUGACUUAUUCAGAGUGGGAGACUAAGUCCGCCUUUACGGAAUGGUACGCCCAGUGUCAAAACAGCGAGGUUAUCUCACGUCACGAUCUCAUGUACCAGUACAAUCGUCUCGAAAAAAAGCUGUAUCGCCGAUUUUAUGAAUUGAAUCUACUUGGAAAUGACUCGCUCCGCACCAUCUACAACAACCUACGUGAGGAAACCAUGGCGAUCAGCAAACAACGUUUUGUCCAACAUCUUGAUCGCCUCGACGGACUGCCCGACACGACCGAUCGAUUAACUUUCUGCCAGCAAUGGAAAACGGCUCAACUUCAUACGAACAACGCAUGGACCUCUGCAAUGCAUGAACUGGAACAGCAAAACGUAUACUUUAUCCAACGUGUUAUCGAAUGGUUUCUCUUAUUACUACGUCUUAUCAUGGAAAUGAUCCGCAAUCUAUUUUCACCCAGCCGAUAAAAAUGGCGUCUUCCCUAUGUACACCCUAUGUCUAUAUCAAUUUGCAUCCUUUCAAUUCGCCAAUCACCAAUCACAUGUACAUAUACCUCAAAUCUUCGAACUACAGUCCUACAGUAUUCAAUGGACCAUUCAUGGUAUCGCUUGAACUCACAGGCUUUAUAAAGUUUGUUUGUAACUUCAUUCGGAAUAAAGAAAAAGCGCUGAAAAGCAAGACGAAAUCCAUCGAUCCUU